AAGGUUAUGUUACUUAAUUUUUAUUUCUCGGGUCUGUGGUUGGUUGCAUUGUCGUCUGCAGUAGGAUUACAUAAUUUUAUCCACCCUACUGAUUUUACAAAAUGUUGGGGGCUGUAAGUAGGGUUGGAAGCGGCUUUCUAGCCGCAAAGACAGUAGCCGAAAAAGCUCUUGCAGAAUGUGGCAAAAUCGCAGCUGUUGCUGGGAACAAGAGGGAAUAUGCUACUGCAGGCAAAGGGCAAGGUAAGGUUGUGGCAGUAAUUGGUGCAGUUGUGGAUGUUCAAUUCGAAGACAAUCUUCCACCCAUUCUAAAUGCUCUUGAAGUUCAAAACCGUCAGCCGCGUCUGGUCCUCGAGGUGGCGCAGCACUUGGGUGAGAACACCGUUCGUACGAUUGCUAUGGACGGUACCGAAGGUCUUGUCCGUGGACAGCCUGUCCUCGACUCUGGCUCUCCCAUUCGUAUCCCCGUGGGAGCAGAGACCCUUGGCCGCAUCAUCAACGUGAUCGGAGAGCCCAUUGACGAGCGUGGCCCUAUUCCUACCGACAAAACAGCCGCCAUCCACGCUGAAGCCCCCGAAUUCGUUGAGAUGUCUGUACAGCAGGAGAUUCUCGUCACGGGUAUCAAGGUCGUAGACCUCCUCGCCCCCUACGCUAAAGGAGGUAAGAUCGGUCUGUUCGGCGGCGCUGGUGUCGGAAAAACCGUACUCAUUAUGGAGCUGAUCAAUAACGUUGCUAAGGCUCAUGGUGGUUACUCUGUGUUUGCUGGUGUUGGAGAACGCACCCGUGAGGGUAAUGAUUUGUACCAUGAAAUGAUUGAGUCUGGGGUCAUUUCUCUGAAGGACAAAACCUCAAAGGUAGCUCUUGUAUACGGUCAGAUGAAUGAGCCACCAGGCGCGCGUGCCCGUGUCGCCCUCACUGGACUGACUGUAGCUGAGUACUUCCGUGACCAGGAGGGCCAGGAUGUACUGCUAUUCAUUGACAACAUCUUCCGUUUCACCCAGGCUGGUUCGGAAGUAUCUGCCUUGCUAGGCCGUAUUCCAUCUGCUGUAGGUUACCAGCCCACCUUAGCCACUGACAUGGGUACUAUGCAGGAGCGUAUCACCACCACCAAGAAAGGCUCCAUCACCUCAGUACAGGCCAUCUAUGUGCCUGCUGAUGACUUGACUGACCCAGCCCCUGCCACCACCUUUGCUCACUUGGAUGCGACAACUGUAUUAUCUCGUGCUAUUGCUGAGCUUGGCAUCUAUCCUGCUGUGGACCCUCUUGACUCGACAUCACGUAUCAUGGACCCCAACAUCAUUGGAGCUGAGCAUUACAAUGUUGCACGUGGAGUUCAGAAGAUUCUGCAGGACUAUAAAUCACUCCAGGACAUCAUUGCUAUCCUGGGUAUGGAUGAAUUGUCUGAGGAAGACAAACUGACUGUAGCACGUGCACGUAAGAUCCAGAGGUUCCUUUCCCAACCCUUCCAGGUUGCUGAAGUAUUCACUGGACAUGCUGGGAAACUUGUACCCCUAGAGGAAACCAUCAAAGGAUUCUCUAAAAUCUUACAAGGAGAGUAUGAUCAUCUGCCAGAGGUAGCUUUUUACAUGGUUGGACCAAUUGAGGAGGUUGUAGCUAAAGCAGAUACACUGGCUAAGAGUACGUAAUUGUAAAAUCUCUGUUGGCAAUGUAACCUUAUUUCAUAAUAAAUUUAGCUUUAAAUAUUG